CAUACUGCUAGUAAUCUUCCUGCCCAUGCUGCAUCAUCUGCUCCUCCCAAUGCCAUCUCUACUACAACCGGCCAAGAAAACGAUCCAACAUAUUCGUAUUCCACUUCAGACACGCAGGUCCCCGUCUUUGAUACCUCCACAGGAGAUGAUGAGGUUGAGCUGAGCAGUGAGCAGUCCAGCACGAUCAGGCCUUCAACAACAGUCCCCUCUUCCCGUGUUUCUUUUCCUCAAUCCUCUUCAUUAGCCAAACUCCCUUUGGACAAGAGCUCCUCUGUUGAUUCAUCGAAUUCGUUAUCCUUUUCAUUGCUCCCUACUGGAAGUACUCCACACUUGAUAGAUUCUGGUCCACAAAAUCAACUUCUUCCUUCGCCUCCGACUCCACCUCUUUCUCCUUCUCUCCAGUCCAGGGCUUCCAUGCCGUCAUCACUAUCUCUCUCCAAAACUGACAGCAUUGUUAACCUGGAGACCCGAACUAACAUUGGACUGCAUCCAGUUGCUCUUUUUAUUCUGUUUAGUUGA